ACUCGAUUCCUGGAUUCCAAUGAAUCAUUUCCUUGGCGAAUUCAGAACUAAGAAUAAAGUUAUUAAAUUAAUUUGUUGUUUGAAACUAUUCAAAAUUCAUUCAUUUUCUGAUAAAUAACUUUGAAAAAAUUGUUCAACAAUGAAGAUUUUCUUGUGCAUAUUGGUUCUAUCUUUUGCAACCAUGCAAGCGUUAGUGGUUGCUAAACGGGGUGGACACCGAUUCGAUCCGAAUAUGUGCUGCAACGCAGAAAAAUCGGAACCUGACAGUACAGCUCAUGAAGCAAUGAAGAAGCUUUUUGAUGAAUGUAAAAAAGAGCUGGGCUACGACGGGGAAGAAGGCAAGAAACAACCUGGCAAAUGGCAUUGCAUUGCGGAGUGUGUUUCCAAGAAAAUGAACGUUCUCAAUGCCGACGGUACCAUCAAUGAGGCUGAAUUCACCAAUAACGUUAAAAAGAUGGCUACUGCACCAUAUCAACAGGCUGUAGCUGAGGAUGUUGCCAAAAAAUGCAUUGCAGGAGCCAACACUGCUACUGACAACGGUUCUAAAGGCGAUGAUAAAUGCAGUUCCAUUCCAAUGAAACUGAAGCACUGUAUUGGAAAAGAAAUGUUCAAUGCAUGCCCAGCUGAUAAACAAGACACUUCAGACAAAUGUGUAGAAAUGCGUAAAAAAAUCAAUGGCGAGAAACCCAAAGAAGAAUAAAUAAUAUUUAUAAUUCCGAUUUAUUCGCAUUUUGGUACCGAAAUAAUUUUCUGCCGGAAAUUAUUCUAUGAAACCGAUAACAAAAGUAUAAAAGUGUGUUGCAUGUUAAAAAAAUAUGAAAGACAACAAUAAAAUCAAUGGAAUUUA